GAGCCUGUGUCUGAGUUGGAGCUGUGGGCUCCCAGAGCUUUCCCUGACUCCCCAAAAUGAGGCUGCACAGUGCUCCAUGUCCCACAUCCACGCUGCCUGCUGGCAAAGGGAGCAUGUUCUGAUCUCCUGGGAUGCCAAGGGAGCACGAGCCCAGCACAGGCACCACGAAAGGGGAUAAACCAGGAGAACCCCACGCUGCUGCCUGGGCUGGAGCAAUGACAAGUUAAACCGUGCAAGCACAUUCCCUUUGGGGUUAUCUCUGCAUUUCCACCUGGCACUGCCCCAGGGAGGUUGGGAACUUACUUCCAGUGCAUUUAAUCCCACAAGGGCGGGGGAAUGCAGGUGUAAAGGUCAGUGGUGCAAGAGCUGUGGAGAGCUGCCUGGACUUCAGCCUUCCCUUCCAAUCCACAAGAGAGAAACUCAAGGGAGAUUCGGCCGAGGGCUGAGCAGGAAGGCACAGCACUGAACUGCAAGCUGCUCUCACACCAGCCUGUCGCCUGCUGCAGGCCAGCAUGGUCCGGCGGGUGGCCGUGAUCGGGGCUGGGGCUGGGGGCUUGGCCUCUGUCAAGUGCUGCCUGGAGGAGGGGCUGGAGCCCACCUGCUUCGAGAGCGGCGAGGACAUCGGCGGCGUCUGGCGCUACACGGACUCCAGGGACAGCAGGAGGGUCAGCGUGUACCGCUCCGUCAUCACCAACACCUCCAAGGAGAUGUCCUGCUUCAGCGACUUCCCCUUCCCCCAGGACUUCCCCAGUUACCUGUCCCACGGCCUCGUGCUGCAAUACUUCAGGAUGUACGCCCGGCACUUCGGCCUGCUGCGCCACGUGCGCCUCCAGACAAGGGUUCUCAGCGUGAGAAGGCGCCCGGAUUUCACCACCUCAGGCCAGUGGGAGGUGGUCACCGAGGCUGGUGGUGUCCGUGAGUCCCACGUCUUCGAUGCUGUCAUGGUUUGCACUGGCCAUUACCAAGAGCCCUACUUGCCACUGGCUUCUUUCCCAGGCAUUGAAAGUCGCUUCCAGGGGCAGUGCCUGCACAGCCGGGAGUACAGAGACGUGCAGGAGUUCCGAGGAAAGCGGGUCCUGGUGGUCGGCAUCGGCAACACCGGCGGCGACCUCUCCGUGGAGCUGAGCCGUGUGGCUGCCAAGGUGUUCCUCAGCACCAGGAGCCACACGUGGGUGCUCAGCCGGGUCUCAGAGCACGGCUUCCCCCGUGACAUGGUCGGCACCACCCGCUUCAACCACCUCCUGGAGUGGCUUCUGCCAUCAGCCCUCACCAGGAGGAUCAAGUUUCGGAAGUUCAAUUCGUGGUUCAACCACACAAACUAUGGCUUGGCUUCCAGCAAAAGCUCCAAAUUUAAAAUGAUUAUCAACGAUGAGCUGCCAUUCUGCCUCCUCUCUGGGACUGUGGUGCUGAAGCCAAACGUGAAGGAGUUCACUGAAAGCUCUGCUGUUUUUGAAGACGGGACAACCGAGGAAAACAUCGACGUGGUGCUCUUUGCCACGGGCUACAACUUUUCAUUCCCCUUCCUCGAGGAGUCUGUUGGCAGCGCCAUCGAUGACAACCGUUCCCUCUACAAAUGCAUCUUCCCUCCCCAGCUGGAGAAGCCCACGCUGGCCAUCAUUGGCCUGAUCCAGCUGACAGGCUCCAUUAUGGUGGGGGCAGAAAUGCAGGCUCGCUGGGUGACAGGGGUCUUUGCAGGCUGGAACAAGCUGCCUCCCCCCAGCAGGAUGAUGGCUGAGGUUCAGAAGAGCAAGCCACCAGUGAAAAGGAAUCCAUCUGAGAGGGAGAACCUGAAGAUGAGUUUUAUCGGCUACAUGGACAAAAUCGCAGCGUGUGCCGGCGUCAAGCCCAGCGUGGUGAGGCUGCUCCUGACAGACCCCCAGCUGGCCCUGGCCAUCUUUUUUGGGCCCUGCUCGCCCUACCAGUACCGGCUGGUGGGUCGGGGCAGCUGGAGUGGGGCCAGAGCUGCCAUCCUGAGCCAGUGGCAGCGCACGCUGAAGCCCUUGAGAACUCGGGUGCUGGGUGACAGCUCCGACAGCUCCGACAGCUGGUGCUGGAUGUGCCUCCUGGCCCUGCCAGCAGCUCUCACUGCAGGUUUUCUCUUCUCCAAAUACUCCUGGGCAGGUCCCCAGCUGUAGAGGAAACCUGGAGAGCCGCAUUGCCGGGUGAUCUGGGGACGGUGCAAAGCUGUGCCGCCGGUGCCAGGUGCUGCCAGAGCGCUGGAGAUGGCACCAGCAAGAGCCUGGGGCUGUCUGGUGUCCCCCCAGCUCCUGCUGAUGAGACAUGGAACACUCACCCUGAACCAUUCUGGGAUGAACUGGCGAGCGUGAGGCCAGCCUUCCUCCCACCUGCUCCCAAAAAUUUUGGCAAGUCCACACCGCCUUGAGAUUUUGUGAAACGUGAACUGUCGAGAGCUGCUUCUGUGUCUGGCAACUUCUGGGACAGGAAUAAACCUCACAGAUUUGG